UCGCCUUGCAACUUUACCACUUGAGCCGAGAAUCACCCGGCAGCAUUCCCUGCAGCUCCGAGCUCCAGCAGCGAGCCAAGCCAAUUGAGUUCAUUCUAACCUCGAUUGAACUGCUUCCCGGGUCCCCGUCCCGCAAACCACCAACGCCCCUACCGAGUCCGCCACGAACCCCCGAAGCUACGACAAUGUACGUAUCGCGUCUGCGGGGGGCAGCCGCCGCGGCAGUUAGCUCGCUGCCCCGGCGAGCGGCAGCAGCAAACAACGCAGCCUUCUUCAGCACCACCGCCCGCCAACUCAAGGGAGACGUCGCCUCGCCCUCGCCGCCGCCGGCCGGCACGACCAGCACCACCGCUCACGCGCAGACGACGCUGCCGACGGCCGAAGGACCGGCUCCCGCGGCCGUUGCGCAGGCGCCGAACCGCGCCGAGAUCUGGUCUCGCUCCCAGCGGCCCCGCGCCCAGGCCAUGACGGGGCCGCGCUUCGAGCAGACGGACUUUGAGUUGCAGCCGCGACCCUAUGCCGCCAUUGAGCUCAUCCACCAGCAGCCCGUGCGGUGGACGCACGAGAGGAUUGUGGCGUGCGACGGAGGCGGCGGACCGACUGGACACCCCAGGAUCUACAUCAACACCGACAAGCCCGAAAUUGCCACGUGCGGGUACUGCGGGCUGCCCUUUGCAAACGAGCAUCACAGAAAACACCUCGAGUCGCUUCCACAGACGUCGUACCCGCUUUCCUGAAGAUGGGCUGGAAGGUGAGGACGUCAAGAGAGACGGAGAGAUUGUACAUAUUUCAGCUGGGCAAAUAGAUGGGAGCUGUCUCUGACUCAUUCCGGCAUGCCGGGCGAAUAUUGUCAACCAAAGUGAUGAAUCCGGGAGACCGGUCAGACGAUGGGCGCUGCAGUAGCUCGAAAUCAAAGUUUUGUGUCAUCCAGUA